CUCAAACCCCCACUCCACCACUCUCAAAAUCAUCAAACCCUCCUCCAUUUUUGAGAAUUUUCUUAGAUCGAAUUACUUCUUGUUAUCCAUGGCUGAAGAGACCUUAAAGGCUGCGGCAGCUUCAUCGGAGGCUCCGGCAGCGGCUGCUGAAGUUGCCGUGGUUCCAGAGGCGGAGAAGGUUGAAGCCUGUGAGAAAGAAGCUGUGAAGGAUGUCGCCGUUGAAGAAGAGAAGGAGAAGGUUACGGCGUCGAUUUCAUUCAAGGAGGAAAGUAACGUUGUGGGUGAACUUCCUGAUCCACAGAAGAAGGCUUUGGAUGAACUCAAAUUGUUGGUUCAGGAAGCUCUUAAUAAACAUGAGUUUACUGCUCCACCUCCGCCACCGCCGGUUAAGGAGGAGGAGGAGGAGAAGAAACCCUCUUCCGCCGUUGAAGGUGGAGCUACUGUUCCAACGCCGGUGGUUGAAUCUGAAUGCAAAGAAGAGGAGAAGGUUACAGCGGUGGAGCCAUCGGUGAAGGAAGUGACGGAGGUGAUUGUGAAAGCCGAAUCUUGCAUCGAUGAAGACGGAGCAAAAAAGAUCGAAGCGAUUCAAGAAACAAUAGUAGCAGUCACCAUGCCUGCUGAGCCACCAAGGACAGAAGAAACAGCACCACCACCGUGCGCGGCGGAGGAAACACCCAUCUCACCAGAAGAAAUCUCCAUCUGGGGAAUCCCAUUACUCGCCGACGAACGUAGCGACGUUAUCCUCCUGAAAUUCCUCCGAGCACGAGACUUCAAGGUGAAAGACGCCUUCGCCAUGCUCAAAAACGUGGUGGCAUGGAGAAAGGAGUUCGGGAUUGAAUCACUGCUGGAAGAAGAUCUGGGAACAGAGCAAGACAAAGUGGUUUACAUGCAUGGAGUCGACAAAGAAGGUCACCCAGUCUGCUACAACGCCUAUGGUGAGUACCAAAACAAGGAAUUAUAUCACGAAACCUUCUCCGACGAAGAAAAACGCACCAAGUUCCUCCGAUGGAGGAUUCAGUUUCUGGAGAAGAGCAUCAGAAAGCUCGAUUUUAGCCCAGAUGGGAUUUGCACAAUCGUUCAAGUCAACGAUCUCAAGAACUCUCCCGGACCUUUCAAGAGGGAGCUUCGUCAAGCCACCAAUCAAGCCCUUCAAUUGCUCCAAGACAAUUACCCUGAAUUCGUCGCCAAACAGGUGUUCAUUAACGUUCCAUGGUGGUACCUGGCUUUCUAUAAGAUGAUCAAUCCUUUCUUCACCCAAAGAACCAAGAGCAAGUUUGUGUUUGCUGGUCCUUCAAAGACUGCUGAAACCCUCUUCAAAUACAUAGCACCUGAGCUUGUUCCAGUUCAGUACGGUGGGCUUAGCAGGGAAGGCGAACAAGAAUUCACCUCAGCUGACUCGGUCACUGAAGACAUCAUCAAGCCUGCAACCAAACACACCAUCGAGUUCCCUGCUCCCGAGACUUGCACAUUGGUAUGGGAGGCCAGAGUGGUGGGCCAUGAAAUCACAUAUGGAGCCGAGUUCGUGCCUGCAACCGAAGAGGGUUACACCGUUAUCGUGCAAAAGUCUAGGAAGAUUGCAGCGACGACCGACGAGCCAGUGAUAUGUGGAAGCUUCAAAUGCGGUGAACCAGGCAAGGUGGUUCUGACCUUUGACAACCAAACCUCCAAGAAGAAGAAGGUCCUGUACAGAAGCAAGACCAAAUUGGGCUCUGACUGAUUAAGAGCCAUCAAAUCCAUCCAUCCAUCAAAUACUGAAGCAGAAGGGGGCGUUGGGGGUUCAUUUUUGGUGGGGCAAAAAAAGCACAGUUAUUAUUAAAUUUUUUAUUCAUGGAUUUAUAUAUUUUAUAUUUUAUAUUUAUAUUUUGGGAUUUGAGGAAUCUUUGGACAUGGGAUUCUUUUUGGGGAUUUGUCUGUUUGGGUUUGCAUUGCAUUACUUUACUUGCAAAUACUAUGUGCAUUGUUGGACUUUUGGACCAAGAAAAGUGAAGUAAAUUUGGAAUUUUUUAUACAAUAUAUAGAAGUGGAUGAUGCUUUUGUCUGUG